AUGUCCAGUACACAUAGCUUCGUGGAUGAUAGUACCCUCCAUACCGCCAGGCAAAUCAGAAACGAACGAGGGAGAAAUGUUGACAACAUAAAUAUGGACUUGGCAACAAUUCUAAAAUGGGGAUCCAAUAACUUGGUAGAUUUCAAUGCAAACAAAACACAAGCAUGCCUUUUCUCUAGGAAAGCCGAUCUCACUUUCGAUGCUCGGAAACUCAAAAGGGACUCGGCACCAUAUGAAUCUGAUAUUUCAGACACUGACAGACUAUUGAUACAAAAGGAUGAGGAGAUACGCCGUAUGCACGAGAUGCUGAAGCAAAUGCAAGAGAAACUCAAAAUCGAAGCUCAAGAUAAUAACAAGAAACACGAAAGUAUUAUAGAUGUGUAGAAUUAUUGAUAUGUAGGUAUAGCUACAUUGUUUUCUUAUGACCAAAGAGUGAUAGAUGAUUUGUUUUCCUUUGUUUUAGCUAUUUUUAUGUGUAUUUAAUUUAUGAAUUUUAUUAUGUUACUAAUAAACGUUUCUUUCGAG